GCGGAAGUGACGCAGAAACCCAACCUCUCUUCAAAAACGCAGUGGAGGUGAACGCGGUAUUUUGGAAUUCCAUUAUAGUUAUAAAUUAUUUUGUGUUAGGUUUCAUUGUGGAUGUCUGCAGAGUGAACAGAGAUGGCUGCUCCUGCUGCCAUACAACAGCCCAGUUAUCUCCUGGCGAAUCUUAAAGCCGACUGGAGCAUUAAGCCACUUCUUCAGAGGUGUCAGGAGCUGGUGAAGGUGAUCGAUGACUAUCCUGCUAAGGAGCUUCAUCUGGUUUUCCCCUGGCUGGUUGAGGGAAUCUUCGGCAGCCUGGAUGGCGUCAUUGUGGGUUGGAACUUGCGAUUUCUGCACGCUCGCACGAAUGAGUAUAACAUUGUGCUGGACUUUCUUGAUCCAUGUGGCCCCAUGAUGAAGCUGGUGUACAAGCUGCAAGCAGAGGACUACAAAUAUGAGCUCCCCAUCAGUUAUUUGCCAGGUCCUGUGAAGGCGUCCAUUCAUGAGGGAGUUCUGCCAGACUGUCCGCUGUUUCACAAUAAGCUACAGUUCCCCAUGUCAGGCCUCAUCAUGCUCAAUCCUUUUGAAUACUACAUGUUCAACUUUGCGUCCAGUCUCAUUGCACCAAAGAACUAUCCUCCUGGACAACAUGGCAGCUGUUCAGACAGUGCUUACUUUGUGCUUGUUGAUGCCUACCUCAAGCACUUCCUGCCCACAGAGGGAAACGUGCCUCCAUCCCCUUUCUCUGAUCCCAGGGGCUCUGUGGCCUCUCCAGCUCCACGGUCUUCCAGCAUGCCUUACAUUGGCUAUGGCGUCCACAGCAGCAGCCUGCUAAAGCGACACAUAUCCCAUCAGCCCUCUGUCAACGCUGACCCUGCUGCUCAGGAGAUCUGGAGAUCCGAAACCCUUCUACAGGUGUUUGUGGAGAUGUGGCUCCAUCACUACUCUCUGGAGGUGUACCAGAAGCUGCAGUCUCCUCAGGUGAAGCUGGCGUUGCUGCAGUACCGCCUCAAUAUGUCCAGCAUGCUGUGCCAGCCCCCGGCCCCACCAGGCUCUGGGACCCUCCACACAUACCAAGAACCCUUCAGUCCUACGGAGGAACACGUUCUGGUGGUGCGUCUGCUCGUCAAACACCUGCACGCUUUCUCAAACAGUCUGAAGCAGGAGCAGGCCUCAUCGUCCCCCUCUACACACUCACACGCCAGCCCUCUCGAGGAGUUCAAGAGGGUAGUGGUACAGAGGUUUGUUCAACAGAAGCUGUAUGUCUUCCUGCAGCACUGUUUUGGUCACUGGCCUCUCGAUGCCUCAUUCAGAGCGGUGUUGGAAACAUGGUUGAGUUAUAUCCAGCCCUGGCGGUACACAGAAGAGAAAAACAAUCUGAAGGCAGAGGCUCAGAACAGAGCAGUACCUGAUAAAUGGGCUUCCUUUGUACAGGAGAAUCUUCUGAUGUACACAAAGCUCUUCCAGGGUUUCCUUAAUCGGUCUUUACGCACAGACCUCGUCAGUGCCAAAAAUGCAUUGAUGGUAUUCAGGGUCGCAAAAGUCUUUGCACAACCAAACCUACCAGAGAUGAUUCAAAAAGGAGAACAGCUGUUCCUCGAACCUGAGCACGUCCUCCACCACCGACAGGCGCGUGUCUUCCUCUCUCCUGCACACGGUGGCAGUUUCCUGUCCUCCCGACAGCCUGCUGGGACAGACACCGUCUUUAAAGUGAAGAGUCACGUGUACGGUCUGGAAGGGCAGGACUGCCAGUACAAGCAGAUGUUCAGCAGCGAGCUGCGUGGAGUGGUGUUAAAGUUGGUGCAGAUCAUCGCUCAGGCCCGACAGACAGCGAAGCGGAUCUCGGAUCAGUCUGCCGAAGUGGCAGCGAACAGCUCGUUCCUGUCGUGGUUCAGCGUGGGCUUUUCAGAUCCUAACUACACCUUUAACGGAGCAGAGGCUGACGACAUGGGAGAGUGUGUUAAAAAGACUCACGAAUUUCUGGACAGGGCCCUGGAUUACCUGUGUCAGAUAUUUCGGCUGAAUUCAGGACAGCUGACCCAGCUGAUGGCGAACGUGACCUCGACAGAUGAUGAUGGUGAGUCGAGACAGCUACCCGAUUACAUCCAGAGUGAAAACGGUCCCGUGCUCACGGAUCUGGGUAGGAUGCAGAUCAUCAACGGCCUUCGCCGAUUUGAGGUUGAAUAUCAAGGUGAUCCUGAACUUCAGCCGAUAAGGAGCUACGAAAACGCUUUUCUGGUUCGGCUGCUGUUCCGGCUCUCCUCCUUCAUCAACGAGCGGUUGGGAGGCCACAUGGAGGCGCUGUGCUCACGGCAGGACUUCCUUGGCCGCGCGAGUCGACACUACCUGAGCGUAUCACCGGUGCCUGAGCAGCGAUGGAGGAGUCCGGCUCUGCGUCAGACGAGAGGGCGAGGGCAGCGGCCGCGGCUCAGUCUGCGAGCUCUAGCCAGCUAUCGUACGCUGUUCACGCUACUGAUGCUCUACCUGCUGUUGGCUCUGUUCUCAUUCGGCCUGCUGUCCAGCACCGCCCUCAUCCUCAUCAUCAGCCUUCUGUACGAACUGCUCCUACUCCUGCUCACUGAUAAACUCAAAAGGCACUGACUCACCAAUGGAGGCUUUCUAUUUAUGUCUGAUUUAAACAUGUGACUGGUUUGAUAUUGAUGACUUGCACAAGCUUUUAAGUUUUACAACAGUUCAGUCCACAAUGUCCACAUUGUCCCCUUUGUCCCAAAUGUCUCCAAUCAGCUAGGACCAUGUUUGAGGCGUCUGAAGUUUGCAUCUUUGGGGCUACAAUGCUAAUGUAUCUAACAAGUAAUAGAAGUUGUGUGAUGAUUUUUGACGUUCGGAUUUAACGUGCCGUGAUAAAUAUCCAUAAAGAAAGAUUCCCUUACUUGUCAGCUACGGUAGCCUAAUAGCAUUUGUUGUGUUGGGACAUUGUGGACAUUUUAUGCUUCAUAUACUGGCAGAUGCUUAUAAGUAUGACAACCACUUUGUACCAUUAAAUUACAUAAUGACCGAGCUUAUAAAGAGUAAUCAUAAACAAUCAACCAUUUUGAGUAAUAAUACAGACAGAAACACAUUUUGAACCCAAAUUAAAGUGUUGAUUUUGAAUAAAAAUCUUUAUCUUUUGGUUAA